GGAUUAAUUAAAAUAAUGCCGCAUAAAAAUUUACUCAGGCACUGCCGGACGACGGCGUUUCGACACACACACGCACGCACGCACGCGCUCUCUCUCUCUCUCUCCCCCGGCACCCCCUUCUCGAAAGCCUUCCAGUUCCAGUUCUCUUUCUACUGGAACGACGAUCGCUUUCCACAGACAUCUUCGAUCAGCAUAUUCAUCGUUCGAUCAAUGGAAUCGAAGGAUGAUAAUGUAGAAAUCGACUGUUUGGAGAGGGGUUUGCUGUUGGGGGACGGUUCGCACCUCGAUUUCGACGAACGGUCUGAGGACGAGGACGCUGUUCUUUUCGAGGCAUCUUUUCAGGAUGCGGAAGAGAAUUUCGUCAAGUAUCAGACGGCGCAAUGGGUGCUUUACUCUCUGCUCUUGAUUUUGGCUUGGGGGAUUGGUUUGUUCAUGCUGGUUUAUCUACCCGUUCGGAGAUAUAUAUUGCGGAAAGACAUUAGAUCAAGGAAACUCUAUCUCACUCCGAAUGCCAUUGUAUAUAAAGUUGUGAGACCAGUUUCAUUUCCCUAUUUUGGGGUUUUGAAGAAAGAGAAACAUGUUCUAUUGGCUUCAGUCGCUGAUGUUGUGAUUGAACAAGGAUAUAUGCAGUCCCAUUUUGGUGCAUACUCAAUCAGGAUUGAAAGUGUUGGUGUACGACGGCCCCCAAGUGAUGAUGUUCAAAUCCAAGGUGUUGUGAAUCCUCAAGCUUUCAGGAAGGCUGUUUUAACACAGCUCGUAAAUAUGAGAAAUGAAGCUUUCUCUAGGCAAGUUUCCACAAUUGAAGAUGUUCCAAGUUUGAGGAUAGGCAGCCAUUCAUCAGCUGCUUGGGUAUCUCCAUCAAGAUCUCUGCGGUAUGAUUCUUUUCUGCAUUCAGGGGAACAGAUACUAUUACAAAAACUAGAGGAGGUUGGCAAUUCUGUGAAGAGAGUACAAACUUUAAUUGAGGAGCAACAUCUGCAAACAUCAGAACAUGUAGAUUAAGGAUGUGCCACGAGGGAGAGAGUGAAAAAGCUAUUUUCUCUGGGAACUGGGAACCCGGUAACAUUUGGAACUUCUGUCUGAGUCACCAUUACCCAAGCAAGAAUGAUGAAUUUUGAACAUGCAUGGAUUCUCCAUCGUUUUCGAGUUGACUUUGUUGUUACUCGAGUCAUACAUAACAGGAUUGCUGCCAAGAGUCCCCUGCUGCCACCCCGAAACCCAAAAAAGAAUAGAGGUUUAUUGGUGAAGUCAACUCAAUUAGUUUAGUUGUGUUAUAUAUGUUAUAAAUGAUGAUAUUUUAAUAUUCAAAUGUAAUAUGUGUGUCUUUUCUUUUCUUUUAUAAAUUUCUUUCUCAUAAUUCUUAGGUAUCACGAUUUCACAGUUCUUUUCUCUCCCCCCGGUUGAUAACUGUUCCCAUAGGAAUUACUAGUCUAUACUUAACUUGAAUUUCCAGCUCUGUGGGUACAUUUUCUUAUAGUUCGUAUUAUUAUUUGCUUAUUUGUAUA